GUUAUAAGUCGACCACAUCGCAAACUCCAGCAUCUGUCCUUGGCAUCUCGUAGCCCAAAGAACUGUAGCCACGCCGUCUCAAAACACCAUUCACAAACCACAGACCUGUCACGUUACACAGGAACCUCAGCCGUCAUGACCAAAGUACUCCUUACAGGUGGCUCUGGCUUCAUUGCCGCCCACGCCCUCGAGCUGCUCUUGCACCGAGGCUACGAGGUUGUGACGACCGUGCGGUCCGAGGACAAGGCUUCCAAGAUUCGCGAGGCACAUCCCGGCGCCAAACUCACUGUGGCCAUUGUGCCUGACAUUGCCCAGCCUGAUGCCUUCGACGAUGUCGUGCAGAUACCCGGCAUCGACUAUGUCCUUCACACCGCCAGUCCCUUCCACUACAAGUGGAAAGACGCCAAAUCAGAGCUUCUCGAGCCGGCCAUUGUCGGCACAACUUCCAUCUUGCGUGCCGUCAAGCAGUACGCCCCAUCCGUCAAGCGGGUCGUCGUCACUUCCUCCUUCGCCUCGAUCUUGAACGAGGCAGGUCUCCAAGAUCCCAACAAGGUCUUCAGCGAGAGCGAUUGGAACCCAAACACCUACGAGGAUGGCAUUACCGGAACUCCUGCCACUAGCUACCGUGUCUCAAAGACGCUUGCAGAGAAGGCCGCAUGGGACUUUGUUGCCAACGAGAAACCAAACUUUGACCUCGCUACCAUAUGCCCUCCACUCGUCUUCGGUCCUGUGGUGCACCACCUGAACAGCCUGGAAUCGAUCAACACAAGCAACGGACGGUUCGUGGAUCUCGUCCAGGGCAAGUGGAAAGAGGAAAUCCCACCCACUGGUGUUUAUUUCUGGGUAGAUGUACGGGACGUGGCUGCUGCCCACGUGAACGCGUUGGAAAAGACCGAGGCCGGCGGCAAACGAUUCUUCACGGUUGCGCCACAGGCUUUCAGCAACCAAGACAUCAUUGCGGUCGUGCGGAAAAACUUCCCAGAAUACGAAAAGAACUUGCCCGGAGACAAUGUGCAGGGUGGAGGCUACCCCGACGGUGGUGUCCCCAAGGCAGAUAACUCCCGAGCCUCCAAGGUUCUUGGCAUUGAUUGGAUUCCAUUCGAGAAGUCCGUCGUGGACACAGUCAAGAGCCUCAAGCCGCACGGUGUCUGAUGGAUGAGCAGGAUAGCGCACCUAGGUAGAUUGAAAGAGGCGGCCGCGGAAUUGUCGCGGCCUGAGGGGUUGCUAGCACAUAUUUGUGAGCAAACUUAGAAAUAGAGGACAUUUUUUGCCAUG